UGUUAACACUUUGUAAUCUUUCACAUCCCUCUCCCUAACUUUCUUCUCCUCUGCUCUCUACUCUUUCUACCUAAUCCCCCUCCUUCCUUCCAUCACCACUCCACUGCUAUCCCAACUCUUUAAUCCUCCUCCUCCUCCUCCUCUUCCUGUAAUAUUAAUAACAAUGAGCUCCAUUGUCCAGAGCUUUCAAAAGAGAAACAAUCCUGCUGCUCUCCCAGUCUCACAAACUCACUCCUCUAAAGACCAGGCUGUAGCCGGUCUACGUAGAAGACUCUCCUCUCUUUCCCUCAAGAUCCAGCCCAUCUCUUCCCCUGCUACUCAAUGGGCAUUUCAAAGAUCCAAAUCUGUGUCGGCCAUGGGGGAACACGCUGGCAGCUCCGUUAAGAAAUGGUGGGACUGGGGCUGGUCUUGGAUCCUUUCAAGAAAGCCCGUUUUUGCUCAAGAUCUUGAAAUGAAUGAAGAAGAGACCAGGGUUCUCGGUUGUCACAGCAAGGGGAGCUGGAGACAUGUGUUCUAUAAGUUCAGGUCCGAGGUAAUAAAGCUUGCGAGGUCUGGAGAUAAAGCUGUCCUUCCUCAAACUUGCAGGACGUCUGAUCAUUCCUUCAGUUACUCCAAGAAUCUUGAUGCUGGCUAUUGAGAAAGCAGCAAUCUCGCGAUCUUCAACAUUUGGAGGUGUUCGAAGGAAGCUGAUGAAGCCUUGGAUAAUUUGUUCAAUAAGAUCAGAAUUCAAGAAUUCAAGAUUCAGAUCAAGAAAAAGGAUUCUUUUUUGUAUGUUUCUCUUCUUUAAUUUUUUCUUGUCAAUGCUUGUCCAUGGGAGUUACUGGUGGCUGUAAGUAAUUACAUACCUAGAAGAGCAUAAUACUUCUGGCCGGUAUUGAUAUAAGUGAGAGAGAUCGAUCGAUUCAUCCAUAAUCAAAUUCAUUGGCGAGCUGGCUAGGAAGAGGAAUGAGUCAACGUACGUAUCUUUCAAGAUUAAGGAGCCACCAGUUCCGAUUGCUCAUUGCCAGCCAAAGAUUGUUCUUGCUACUUACUUUGUUAAGCCAUGUCGCACUCUACUGUUGUAUAUGGGUAUUUUAAUGAAUUUAUUUAUUUAUUUAUAGUCUUGAAGCUUCUAUUGUAAGAAAGUAUAGAUGUGUUGUUGUUGUUCAAUGGAUUUCUUGUUCAAGCAAUAUUAAAUUACCCCAUUUAUUUA